CAAAGCUCGAGCCAACUGGUGUGGGUCAGCCUCAGGCUCCGGCGGAUGACGAGCCCACUGUCGAACGCCAAGAUCGCUGAUGGGCUGCACGCGCCACGACCUGGAGGCAAAGCAACGACAGAACAGCGAAACAACUUCCAACCCCAACCAUCGAAUCUGCGAAUCUGCGAUUGCGGGCACCGUCCGUCCACAGCAUCACACGCUUCGAUCCCGAGAACUUUGCAUCGACCCCCAGGCCCUCGGUAAUCUGCAAUCCGCCCCAUAAAUCGUAGACCCAACAGCAAAGAGGCAACCGUCAAAAUGGGCGACGUCCUGGUCGAGAACGCCGCCAACAGCAUUCAGCCGCUGAAGAAGCAUACCCCCUCGACCAUUCCCAGCAUCGAGAACUUUGAGGGCGUUUCAACAGAAGGCGGCGAUGAGUAUGCGAAUCUGAAGCGGCUGCAGCGGCAGCUCGAGUACAUCCAGCUGCAGGAGGAGUACAUCAAGGAUGAGCAGAGGAGCUUGAAGCGGGAGCUGGUUCGGGCACAGGAGGAGAUCAAGCGCAUUCAGAGUGUACCGCUCGUCAUCGGCCAGUUUAUGGAGGCCAUCGAUCAGAAUACCGGCAUCGUCCAGUCCAGCACUGGGUCUAACUAUGUCGUUCGUAUCCUGUCGACGCUGGACCGUGAACUGCUCAAGCCCUCCUCCUCAGUCGCCCUGCACCGCCACUCCAAUGCCCUUGUAGACAUCCUCCCGCCCGAGGCCGACUCCUCGAUCGCGAUGCUCGGCGCCGACGAGAAGCCCGACGUGACGUACGCCGACGUCGGUGGGCUAGACAUGCAGAAGCAGGAAAUCCGCGAAGCCGUCGAGCUGCCCCUGACACACUUCGACCUGUACAAGCAGAUCGGCAUCGACCCACCCCGCGGCGUGCUCCUGUACGGGCCCCCCGGAACCGGCAAGACCAUGCUGGUGAAGGCGGUGGCCAACUCGACGACGGCCAACUUCAUCCGGGUGGUCGGGUCCGAGUUCGUACAGAAAUACCUCGGCGAGGGCCCGCGGAUGGUGCGCGACGUAUUUAGGAUGGCGCGCGAGAACGCACCGGCCAUCAUCUUCAUCGACGAGAUCGACGCCAUCGCGACCAAGCGGUUCGACGCGCAAACGGGCGCGGACCGCGAGGUGCAGCGCAUCCUGCUGGAGCUGCUCAACCAGAUGGACGGCUUCGACCAGACGGCCAACGUCAAGGUCAUCAUGGCGACCAACCGGGCCGACACGCUCGACCCGGCGCUGCUGCGGCCGGGCCGCCUCGACCGCAAGAUCGAGUUCCCCAGCCUGCGCGACCGCCGCGAGCGCCGCCUCAUCUUCACCACCAUCGCCAGCAAGAUGAGCCUCGCGCCCGAGGUCGACCUCGACAGCCUCAUCGUCCGCAACGACCCCCUCAGCGGCGCCGUCAUCGCCGCCAUCAUGCAGGAGGCCGGCCUGCGCGCCGUGCGCAAGAACAGGUACAACAUCAUCCAGGUCGACCUCGAGGACGCCUACAGCAGCCAGGUCAAGGGGUCGAGCGACGAGAACAAGUUUGAUUUCUACAAAUAGACGAUGGGGCAAACUGGGUGGGUGGUUGGAUGUGUGUUUCGCGUGGAGGGAGGCAGAGUGGGCACAGCGAGGGCAAAAGUCGUGGGGGGGACUGCGAUGAGAUGUACGAUAACCACGGUACGGUAGCUACCAUAGAACGAACG